UGUAGCACGUGGAGACAACAUGGCGGACGAAGCAGAGGCGAAGGCCCGUAAGAAACAUAAAAAAGAUAAAAUACAGUCUGGAGAGAGUGAAUCAGGAACACCAAAGAAAUCAAAGAAAAGAAAGAGCGAGAGCAAUGAUGGUGUCUCUCAGGAUGAUCUUCCUAAUGGCGAUUAUCACCUAAAACCAACCUCGUCUACUCCAGUUCUUGACACAUCAAAAUGGCCAUUACUUCUUAAGAAUUAUGAUAAGUUAAAUAUACGAACUGGGCAUUUUACACCAUUGCCUAAUGGCUGCUCACCAUUGAAGAGAGACCUWCAAGAUUAUGUUUCAAGUGGAUUUAUCAAUUUAGACAAGCCAGCAAAUCCAUCAUCACACGAGGUUGUUGCAUGGUUAAAGAGAAUUCUGCGUGUUGAGAAGACAGGACAUAGUGGUACACUGGAUCCUAAAGUAACGGGAUGUUUGAUUGUCUGCAUCGACAGAGCAACAAGACUGGUGAAGUCCCAGCAAGGAGCAGGAAAAGAGUAUGUUUGCAUAGUCAGACUGCAUAAUGCUAUUGAAAGCAAAGAUGAACUGGCAAAAACACUAGAGACAUUAACUGGUGCCUUGUUCCAAAGACCACCUCUUAUCUCUGCUGUUAAGAGACAACUUAGAAUUAGAACCAUUUAUGAAAGCAAGCUGCUAGAAUAUGAUGAUAAACGUCAUCUAGGAGUUUURUGGGUAAGCUGUGAGGCUGGUACAUAUAUCAGAACACUGUGUGUUCAUAUUGGCUAUCUCCUUGGUAACGGAGCUCAUAUGCAGGAYCUACGACGAGUUAGGUCUGGUAUCCAGUCUGAAAAUGAUAAAAUGGUUUCUAUGCAUGAUGUUAUGGAUGCGCAAUGGUUGUAUGAUAAUUCCAAAGAUGAGUCGUACCUGCGAAGAUGUAUUCAGCCUCUAGAAGCUUUGCUAACAUCUCAUAAAAGAUUGGUUGUGAAAGAUAGCGCUGUGAAUGCUAUAUGUUAUGGAGCCAAGUUAAUGAUUCCUGGGCUGUUGCGAUAUGAYUCUGGUAUUGAAAUGAAUGAACAAAUUGUGAUAAUGACGACCAAGGGUGAAGCUAUUGCUUUAGGRAUUGCACUGAUGACAACAGCAGUUAUGGCUGCAGCUGACCAUGGUGUCGUUGCUAAGAUAAAACGUGUUAUAAUGGAGAGAGAUACAUARCCUAGAAAGUGGGGACUUGGACCUCAGGCUUUAAAGAAGAAGAAGCUUAUAACAGCAGGUAAAUUGGAUAAGUUUGGUAAACCAAAUGAAAACACUCCUGAGGACUGGAAGAAAGAACAUCCUGAUCUAAGCUCAGUACCAAAAACUCCCAUCCCAAGUGCUGAAGCAAAAGAAAAGCCUGAAUUAAAAAAGCGUAAACAUUCAGACGAAGAAAGCUCAGAGGAAGGUGCCGAGCAAUCCAAGAAAGAGAAGAAGAAGGCCAAGAAAGAGAAAAAGAAAUCCAAAGAAAAGGAAAAAAGCAGCAGCGAUGAGGAAGCUAAAGCAGAGAAGAAAAAGAAAAAGAAGAAAAAGAAAGAAAAAGAGAAGAAAAAAGACUCUGACUCUGAUUCAGAUUAAGUUUGUUUGUUGUGGCUGAUUGAGUAUAUCUUUGUCAGCAAUGGUUUACAUUCAACCAGAACACUUCUGGUUCCAGCUAUCAGUCUUUGAACAAGGGCAAAACACCAAAACAGAACAGUGUUACUUCAUUUGUAAAUACAAAACUUACAAACUUCUCACUGCUCUUAUAAUUUCUCUUAAACCUGGUUUCCAACAUCAUAUCAACCAAUUCUCAUCCUACUCAUACAGAAUGUACAAUUACACUGAAUAUGGAAAAAGUUUCAUAUGACAGCUUAUCAUCUUAUGUACUGUAAAACCAUUUUAUCAGUCAUGUCAUURGUAUGGGUCUGUUUUAUGAUAAGUAACAACCAGCUAAUGCAAGUAUGGAAACCAGGAUGUAAAGAGAUGGUUAGAAUAGUCAUCAAUCAAUAUUAUAACAUGAUUUUAGAUUUUACAAUGUAUUUUAUGAAUAAGUACAAAAAUAAGUAAAAAAAUGAUUGCUUUUGAAA